GAGCCGACUUUGAAAAUGCCUAUCCCCGAACCCUGUUCCCCAGUCGAGUUGGACAGAUAAUGAGCUACAUGGAGGACUGUUUUGCAGGGGCUCCGCAGGAGUUUCUCAUCUGCAUCACCGUCCACAAGGCCGUACAAGUUGGAGUGACCUCUGGGGACUUGUACGUGAGGAUUAGUCUGGACAAAAUGGCUAAGAGUACCAAGACUUUUCCCAACACCGAGAAUCCCUUCUUCAAUGAGUAUUUUGUCUUUGAGUUUCACUGCACCUUAACCGAACUUCUGCGACUGACGAUCCUUUUCGAGUUGAAGAAGCACAUGACCUACAAGAAAAACGUUUUGGUUGCCGAGUUGUUGGUGGAUCUACACAGUGUGUGGAACCAGUCCAAUCAUGGCUAUUUCAAAAAGUGGGGUCGCCUGGAGGCGCCCAUUGGAGAAACCCAAUCCCUGGAGGCUACCACACAAUCUCACGGCUAUUUGCAACUCGACCUGGCCAUUGUAUCCCAGCACAGCACGGUAAUCAGUGGACUCAGGUCCGAGGAGCAGGACAGCCAAAACAUGAACAAGUGGACGGUGGACCAUGAUUACGACGACAUCGAGAAGAAUCUUUUAACAAAUGCGAACUCGUUCGCUCCAAGCAACAUCCGCUACUUUAUCGCCUUCUACCGGGGUUUCUUCACCAGGCAGAGCAACUACAUGAUUCAAGUAUCGUUCGCCGGCUUCAAUGGCAAAACGCCGGUGGCCAGGAACACGACAACGCCUGUGUGGAACCACGAGAUCAACUUCGCCUGGAUGUAUCCUUCGGUGGCACAGCGAUUCCUCAUCCUCAUUUUUGCCUACGAGCAUCUGCAGUGGAAGUGCGUGGCGGAGUUCGAAGUGUCCCUUGAGGAGAUCGCCUUCAAGGGAAGCCCUUCUCUGGGACCGACCUACCUUCAUCUGUAUGAUCCCGUCAAUCCGAUGAUCUAUGUGGGCCGCCUGCUAAUUGAACUUCGUUCUGAGAUUUUGAAAGAAUCGCAACCCACCCACACGUUGGCUUCCAAAACAGUGCCUGGCUUGGAUGAAACACGUUUCUGGCACGACGAAGUCUACUUGGUUGAGUUUCUCCCACUAAUGGGUCAACACAUCCACACAACUGCCACCGCAUACAAGAUCUCAGCGAGAUUAGCGGAGCACAGCUCUAAUGUGGUGGAGGGACUGCUAAGGACUCCUUUGGGACGCUCUCAAUCCGCCAUUCAUUCACGGAGCUUCCGCCGUGAGUCUCCCUUUCGCUCCUGCAUGUUUCGUGUCCGUUUGCCGGAUAAUCGAGCCAAGUAUGAGAGUGAUUUCUUUAUGCUGGAUAUAGCCAACUAUAUGCGCUCUGAACUAGAAAUCUUUAAGAUUUUCCAGUUGAAACAUCCUCUCCAGGAAGAAGAGCAGGCCAAGUGCCUAAAGGCGAUAUUGGGUAAUAUUCUGAACAGGAUCAAGGAGGGUCUAGACGCCCACCGUUUCGAUCACGAUGUUCAGCCACAACGCACCACCUGGGACUUCAACCGGCAGCUCUACCUCCUCGAUUAUUUCGCCAAGCUGCCGCAGGAACUGCAUCAACUAAAACAGAAACUGCGCAGUUGUUUCCUGGAGCACCUGGAUGCCUCCAUUGCGGAUGUGGUUAAUGAGCUGCAGCGACUGGUGGCUGAAAUCGGAGGUCUUUCUAGUAUGGCGCGCACGCAGGACGAGUGGCCGGAAUUGGUCCUCUCCUUGAGUGCAGGUGGAAAAGAUUUGGGAGUUUGUCGGCUAAACGCCAAGCUCUUUUUACAUUUGCAAAAUCCGGAUGCCGAUCUGCAGCAGGAGACACUUUGCUGGCGAUUAAAGAGCUUCUCCUUCAAGUCCUCAAAUUGUACGCAUACAUGUCCCAAUUGUGGUUGCACAACGGCCAUAGUUUUGGGAUGCCUAUCCAUCGUUGUGGAACGCGAGCGAAAGGAGUUUCUCUCUGCAAUCAGAGAAGAUUGGACCAGCAUCGAGCCCAUGAUGUGGCAACCAAGUUCUGCACAGACGCAUUUCCUCUGCCAUGUUUACGUUCAUCAGGCUAAAGUUCGUCCUGGGGGUGAAAAGAAGAACGUCUGUGAUUCCCAUCUGCGGAUCCUGUUUGCCGGGCAGGCAUGUGAAACGUAUACAUCUCCUGGAACCCUCUCGCCCAUUUGGAAUGCUGUGAUCACCUUUAAUUUUGUGUCUUUCCCUGGAAGUGUUAAUCUAUAUUUAAAGAAUCCUCCCCUUCUCUCAUUGGAGUUCUACAACACAGAACGAAGUCUACCAGAUGAUCUUGUGGGCAUGGGCAGUGUGGCAGUGAGUGUGAUCAGCGAAGAUCUGGCCACCGACUCCAGUUGGGACGAGGCAGGUGGACUAGGCUGGUCCAAGAAUCUCACUCAAAAGUUGCAAAGGUUGAAGCACUUAACUCCACCUCCUUUAAAAUGGGUUCCAGUGGCCAGAAAGGGUUAUGUUCAAGCAGAGGUUUUAAUGUCGGCGGAACUGAUUGAGAUCUCCAUGGAUCCCAGUAGUCAGGAUAUAAAGAAGGACCCAAUACUUGCCACGGGAAUUCCAGUGGCCAUCAGGCCCAAUAUGCAGAACUUUGUCCUUGAGGUUUUCUUCGUGGGCCUGCGCAACUACUCCAAAAGCAGCAUGAGUUCUGCGGGUAAGCGGAAGAUUAAGGUGAUGAUGGGUGACUUGGUUUUGUCCAGUGGACCCUCCACUGCGCGGAUCCGCAAUUGCAUUAACUUUCUGGUGGCCUAUGCAUCGGGUGUGGUUAGCCUACCUGAUCAGCAGGAUUACUGGCCAGCGAUCAUAGCCACUGAUGUACUGCUUUCCGGUUUCAGCAGUGAAUCCAUUUUGGGAGCUGCUCUUAUACCUAAUUCCUCGAGCUUCCUGCAACGCGAUAGGACCCUAAAGUGUGUGCCCAAAAAGGAGCAGUCUUCCCGAGAUGAUUCCACAACGGUGAGUGUGGAUGAGGACGAUGAGGAUACCGAACUGGAGUGGGAAGAGGAAGUGGCCAAACCCACCAGGAUCAACAGCUGGUGGAUGCGAUUCGUAUUCGCUCUGGGACUGCGACCCGCGGCCUAUGCCAAUCGCCAGGCUUUGCGGUACAAUGGUGACCUCGAUGACUCCGAUGCGGUCGAAGAACGUGAGUUCACCUGGUGGACCAAGUUCUACAACUCAAUGUACUGGAGUGCGGCGGAGAUGAGCCACGAGCACAAGCAUCGCCUGGUCAUCUACCACGAAGAACUGGAAAAACAGGCCCAAUUUGGUUACCUUCAGGAUUGGGCUGUGCCUGUCCAAUUGGUUCAUGGGGUAAAGUUUAAAAAACAGGCUCCUCCCAAAGAGGAUGUCUAUGCCACCCUGAAGCUGCAACUCAAGUUGACCCCUUGUCAGUGCCCAGAACUCGAGGAUUUUGGAGGUGGUGGCGACAUGGUUCGACCCAUGGCAAAUCCAAUACAUCCCCGAUAUCAGUCCACCCUCCAGUCAUUAAGUGAGAUUAUAAAACUAACAGUACGAGUUUAUAUAGUGCAGGGUGUCCAGAUCCGUCCUCGAGAUCUGAAGGGCGACUCCGAUUGCUAUGUAAAGCUCUUCUUGGGCGACAAGACGGUGUCGGAUCGGGCCCACUUUGCACCCAACCAUAGUAACCCGGUUUUCGGACGCCUAUUUGAAUUGGAGGCUACGCUACCAGGAGAUCAUAUGCUGCAGAUUAUAGUGUAUGAUCAUGAUAAGAUCAAGGACGAAGUGAUCGGGCAGACAAACAUCGAUCUGGAGGAUCGCUGGAGGACAAGACAUCGAGCCACAGUGGGUUUGGCCAACGAGUAUACACGAAGCGGCUAUAACCACUGGCAUGACCUGAAGUUACCCUCGGAAAUCCUAAUAGAUCUCUGCCAAAGAAGAGGUAUUCAGCCUCCCUUCUAUUAUGGCAAUGUGAUUGAAGUAGACGGAGUGCUUUUCGGUGAUGAGACUGUCAUUUCGAAGGAUGAGGAGCUCCAAGAACGACUUAGUCUAGCCGUGCUUAAGAAUAUGGAAAAAUUGCCUUCCUUCGGCUACAAACUGGUUCCCGAGCAUGUGGAGACCCGCUCUCUUUGUCGAGAUGAUUUUCCGAACGUCGAACAGGGUAAACUCCAGAUGUGGAUCGAGCUGUUUGAGGCGAACAUCUAUGUGCCCAAUCCUAUCGACAUAACCCCGGUGCCGCCUGCGGAAUUCGAGGUGCGUGUUGUGGUCAAGAAUCUGAGUGGAAUCCAGGCGGGCGACAAAAACAUUUUCGGCAAACUAAUGAGCGACAUUUACGUGAUAGGAUGGUGCGAGGAUGAGGACAAGCGCCAAUCGACCGAUAUCCAUUACCGCUCAUUUGCUGGCGAUGCGGCAUUUAAUUGGCGCUUGGUCUUCGGCAUGAAGUAUUCCCCCAACGAGGACCUGAUGGUUAUUCGGCGAAAGUCUGGGCUGCUGGAGGAGAUUGAGUUCAAGAAGCCCCCGGUUAUCUAUCUGCAGGUUUGGGACAAGGAUGUCCUGUCCAAGGACGAAUACCUGGCCGCCCUCGAUCUGAACCUCUCCAAUAUGCCCGCACCUUAUCCGAAUGUCCAUCUUUGUAAGCCGUAUCCCAAAAAGAGGAAACGCAUCAAUCUAUUCAAGCGCAAGGUCAUAACCGGUUGGUUUCCGCUGCAAAGUAAUGCACAUCCUUCGCAAACCUCCCAAGCUAAAGUUAACAAUGGAAAAAUGCAGCUAAAUAUUGAAAUCUGCUCUGAUGUGGAGGCCGCCAACAGACCGGCGGGUCGAGGACAGGACCCACCGAUGGCCUUGGAGCCUCCCUACAGGCCGGACACCUCCUUUAACCCACUGGCGCAUCCUUGCAAGUCCUUUCGGCUCAUCCUUUGGCCCGUCAUCAGGAAAUAUGUCCUGUGGACUUUACUUAUAUUGAUCGUUAUCCUGGGACUGGUACUCUUCUUUUCUAAUUUGCCCGGCAAGCUCAUGGCAAUUCCACUUGAGUGA